CUUGAUCUUUCUAAUAAUCAUUUCUCUGUAAACUCUUCUUCUUUGCUUCAGCUUCCUCGUUCAUUGCAGCAGCUCAAUCUCUCUUCUUCUGGAGUUUCAGGCCUAGUGCCUGAUAAUUUCUUCGCAAUUUAUCCUAAUCUUAUGACGCUUAAUUUCUCACACAACAAUCUCUCUGGUCCUCUGCCAGAAAAUUUUCUUACAAAUUCCGUAAAUCUGCAGAGUCUGGAUCUCUCCUUUAAUAACUUGUGGAACACAAUAUCAGGAAUCCAGUUUCAAAAUUCUUGCGCUAACUUGAUCCAAUUUGACAUUUCGAUGAAUCAAAUGACGGGUAUGAUCCCUUCUUAUUUAUCCAACUGCACCAAUCUAAAGACCUUGAAUCUUUCUUAUAAUUCCUUUAUAGGAGAGAUUCCAGAAUCUUUUGCAAAUCUUCGAACCUUGGAGAGAUUAGACCUCUCAAAUAAUCAUCUCUCUGGUUCAAUCCCUUCUGGCUUAGGAAAUGCCUGCGGAUCAUUACUAUAUCUCAAGUUAUCAACCAACAACAUAUCUGGGUCAAUUGCUGAUUCAUUCUUCUCAUGCUCAUUGCUUCAAUUUCUCGACUUGUCGAGCAACAAUUUGUCUGGACAAUUUCCGAGCUCAAUUUCUUCUUGCAAGAAUCUAAAAAUUGCUGAUCUUAGUUCAAACAAGCUAACUGGAGAGCUGCCACCUGAUAUCUGCUCGCUUGAUGCUUCACUAGAAGAGCUUCGAAUUCCUGACAAUCUGAUCACCGGCAAAAUUCCACCACAGCUAUCAAAAUGUUCUAAACUCAGGACUAUUGAUAUCAGCAUAAACUAUCUUCAUGGUCCGAUUCCUUCAGAGCUUGGCCAGCUUGAAGAACUCGAGCAACUGAUGCUAUGGUUCAAUAGCAUAGAUGGAGAGAUUCCUUCAGAGCUCGGGCAAUGUGGGAAACUGAAAAAUCUCAUCCUCAACAACAAUUUCAUUUCAGGUGAAAUCCCUUCCAAUCUUCUCAAUUGUAGCAAUCUUGAGUGGAUAUCAUUAACGAGCAAUAUGAUUGGUGGAAGAAUUCCUAGAGAAUUCGGGAGGCUCUCGAGACUUGCAGUCCUUCAGCUAGCUAAUAAUAGCCUGACUGGUGAAAUUCCAGUAGAGCUUGGAAACUGCAGUAGUCUUGUUUGGUUAGAUCUGAACAAUAAUAGACUCACCGGUAAAAUCCCAUCAAAACUUGGUCGACAGAUGGGAUCAAAGACGACAUCAGGGAUUCUCUCAGGCAAUACCUUAGCUUUUGUAAGAAAUGUUGGCAAUUCUUGCAAAAGUGUAGGAGGACUUCUUGAAUUUGCUGGUAUCAGACCUGAGAGGUUACUGCAAGUGCCUACACUCAAGACUUGUGACUUCACCAGGCUCUAUUCAGGCGCGGCCCUCAGCGGCUGGACUCAAUACCAAACCUUAGAAUAUCUCGAUCUUUCAUACAAUGAUCUUCAUGGCGAGAUCCCUGUAGAGUUUGGUAACAUGUUAGUCCUCCAAGUUCUGGACUUAGCACACAAUAGAUUGACCGGAGAGAUCCCAGCAUCUCUAGGCCAGCUCCGAAAUCUGGGAGUCUUCGAUGCGUCCCACAAUCGACUUCACGGAAGCAUUCCUGAUUCAUUCUCGAACCUCUCAUUCUUGGUUCAGAUAGAUUUGUCUGAUAACAAUCUCACAGGCCCAAUCCCUUCGAGAGGGCAGCUGAGCACGCUUCCAGCGACCCAGUACGCAAACAAUCCAGGACUCUGCGACGUGCCCCUGCCUCCAUGUCAAGCUCCAGGAAGAACUGUUUCUGCCAAUGCACAGCUCGACGAUGGAAUGCAAGAAUCUAAGAGAUCAGUAGCCUUUUGGGCCAACAGCAUCGUCCUUGGUGUGCUGAUAUCAGUCGCAGUGGUAUGCAUAGCCAUCGUGUGGGCUAUCAGAGUUCGUGCCAGACGAAAGGAAGCUGCGGAAGCCAGAAUGCUGGAUAGCCUGCAAGCAGUAAAUUCAGCGGCAAUCUGGAAGAUAGGAAAGGAAAAAGAACCCCUCAGCAUCAACGUUGCAACAUUUCAACGACAACUUCGAAGGAUCACCUUCUCUCAACUAAUUGAAGCCACGAAUGGUUUCUCUGCUGCCAGCCUGAUUGGAUCAGGCGGCUUCGGUGAUGUAUUCAAAGCCACGUUGAAGGACGGUUCGAUCGUCGCGGUCAAGAAAUUAAUCCAUCUAAGUUACCAAGGCGAUCGAGAGUUUGUCGCAGAGAUGGAGACUCUAGGAAAAAUCAAGCACAAGAACCUCGUACCGUUACUAGGGUACUGCAAGAUUGGGGAAGAGAGGCUACUUGUGUACCAAUACAUGAAGUAUGGUAGCCUGGAAGAUAUGCUUCAUAGCCAAACCAAGAUAUUGAAUUGGGAAGAGAGGAAGAAAAUCACAAGGGGAGCAGCUAGAGGUUUAUCCUUCCUUCAUCAUAACUGCAUUCCUCAUAUCAUACAUAGAGACAUGAAAUCUAGCAAUGUGCUGUUGGAUGAAGAGAUGGAGGCUAGAGUGUCUGAUUUUGGCAUGGCAAGACUGAUAAGCGCACUGGACACGCAUUUGAGUGUGAGCACAUUGGCGGGAACUCCAGGGUACGUGCCACCGGAGUAUUAUCAGAGUUUUCGAUGCACAUCGAAGGGUGAUGUGUACUCUUUCGGUGUUGUGAUGCUGGAGAUUUUGACGGGAAGAAGGCCGACGGAUAAAGAGGAGUUUGGGGAGACUAAUUUGGUUGGAUGGGUGAAGAUGAAGGUUAGAGAAGGGAAAGGGAUGGAGGUUAUUGAUGGAGAGCUGGUGAAGGAUGUGGUGCAAGAGGAAGAAGAGGAGAUGAGAAAAGUGUUGGAGAUUGCUGUGCAAUGUGUCGAUGAUUUUCCUUCAAGGAGGCCAAAUAUGAUGCAGAUUGUGGGUUUUUUGAGGGAGAUUAGUGCUGGAGUUGGUGUUGAGGGUGAUGUUGUUGUUUAGAAGAUGGAAGCAGUACUGUUUCAUUACUUGUGUUGUUUAUUUUGUGAUUAUAUGUUGUUUAAUAAGAUGGUGUUUUAAGUAA